UAGCAAUAUCCAAUAUUUUAUUGAUUUUAUGUUUUUCAUUUUUUUUUUUUUCUUUUUUGUGUGUCUUUUAAUUUAUUCCAAACCGCCUAAGUUAUGGAGUUCAGCCUUUAAACCCUAACAAAAUCUCAUUCCGUUCGGAGAGGAAGCGAAGGUUUUGUUGUUUUGGUUCAAUUGUACAUUCUGCUUCCAUAUUCCACAAUGGAGCUUCAUUCCGCAACUCUCCAGACCUCAUUCUCCUUCUCUAUCAGAGGCAAAUCUCUUGCUCUUGGAGACGCCUCUGCCGCCUGCUCUCCCUCCUCCCCAUCGCUUUCAAGAAUUACAGUUCGAAACUUUUCUUUGGGUUCAAAAAGUAGAGGGUUCCCUUCACUGCUAUGCCGAGAUAGACCAAAGAAGUCAUCCUUUUCAACCUUUGUCAGAGGGGUGAGUGCAGUACCUAGCGAUUGCAAUUCAGAAACUCUUGAUUCAUUGAAUCCCUCUCCUGUUGAGUCAGUAAGAGAUGUUCAAAAUGCAAAAGACAGUGUUGAAAGCUUGGACCAGCAUAAAAUGACCAAAGUGUGUGAUAAGCUCAUUGAAGUCUUCAUGAUCGACAAGCCAACUCCAACAGAUUGGAGACGGUUAAUUGCUUUCAGCAAGGAAUGGGACAAUAUCCGUCCCCAUUUCUUUAACAGGUGCCAAGAUCGAGCUGCCUCUGAAGAUGAUCCUGGGAUGAAGCAUAAGCUACUCCGGCUUGGAAGAAAGUUGAAAGAGAUUGACGAAGAUGUGCAGAGACAUAAUGAACUUCUUGAAGUGGUCAGAGCAACAGCACCAUCAGAACUUGGUGAGAUUAUUUCUAGGCGUCGCAAAGAUUUUACCAAAGAAUUCUUUGUGCAUCUUCACACAGUGGCUGAAUCUUAUUAUGAUGAUCCGGCUGAGCAAAAUGCUUUGGCAAAGCUUGGGAAUUCCUGUCUUGCUGCUGUACAAACAUAUGAUGCUGCUACUGAAAACAUUGAAGCACUGGAUGCCGCAGAGUUGAAAUUCCAAGAUAUCAUUAAUUCUCCAACUUUAGAUGCUGCUUGCAGAAAGAUAGACAAUUUGGCAGAGAAAAAUCAACUUGAUUCUGCAUUAGUAUUGAUGAUCACAAAAGCUUGGUCAGCUGCAAAGGAGUCAAAUAUGAUGAAAGAUGAGGUGAAAGACAUACUAUACCACUUAUAUGUGACUGCAAGUGGUAACCUUCAAAGAUUAAUGCCAAAAGAAAUCAGGAUUCUGAAGUAUCUUCUCACAAUUAAGGAUCCCGAGGAAAAACUAAGUGCUUUGAAGGAUGCAUUUACCCCCGGAGAAGAAGUUGAAGGACAAGAUGUGGACUGCUUAUACACGACCCCGGACAAGCUUCACGCAUGGAUAAAGACAGUGGUAGAUGCUUAUCAUUUCAGCCGGGAAGGCACCCUCAUCAAGGAAGCCAGAGACCUUAUGAAUCCACAGGUCAUUGUUAAACUUGAAGAAUUGAAGCAUCUCCUUGAGAAGAAAUUCAUGUGAGGUGAUGAAGGAUUUGGUAGUUAGGUCUUAAUUUAAAUUCAUGUUAUGCAUCAAAAGUUGUAUAGUGAAUUUUGUUUGCUUGCCUUCUUGUGUAACAAAAUGAAUAUGAAUAAUGUAUUCAAAAUAAUUUAUUUUCUACCCGGAAAUAGUGUAGUUCAAGUGGUGAGAUAUUUGUACCUGUUUUCCAGUUUGUAGAAUCGUAACCAAGAGAAUGAGAUCCGUUUGAUUGUGUUUACUAA